GCGCCCCGAUGGCUGCACGGCCCCACGGCGGCCCAGGGAGCGGCGGGCCGGGCCGCCCCUGCGCCCUCGCAGGAGCGGCAGCAGCCGCACCCUUGCGCGGCGGCGCCCGGCGGCGGCUCGCCCCGCGGGGGCGCGGGGGCGUCGGCCGCGGCCCCGCUCCCGGUGCCGCACAGGAGCUGGCCGCGGGAGGCCCGCGCCGCCGCGCUGGAGGGGCUGCUGGAGAGCCUCGGGGACCGUGCCGGGGGCGACCUGGGGAUCCUGGCGGCCGCGGCGGGCUGCUGCUCGGCGCCGCCCUUCGGCGGCGGCGGCCCGGCCGGGGCGCCCUCCAGCGGGGCCCCCGCGGGCGCGCACGACGCGCGGGAGGUGCUGGACGACCUGGAGGACGUGCCCGAGCACUUCCGGUGCGCGAUCGACGGCCGCCUGCUCUUGGACCCAGUGCGUGCGCCCAGUGGCCAGGUCUUCGAGCGCUCAGUGCUGGCCAGGUCGCUGCAGGCCCCCCCCACGCUGGGCCUGACCGCCGCCCUGCCGCCGAGGCUCGAGGACUGCCAGCGGACUCCGGAGCUUCGGCGGCAGAUCCUCCAGUGGGUGCGGGACCGCAGGCCGCCCGUGGCGCGCGAGGCGUAG